AGCUAAAAUAACCCCAUAAAAACACCAGCGAAUCCACUACCUCCCAAACGAGGCUCCAACCCAAGGAGAGGAGGACGUGCCCACCACCGCCCACCAUGGCCAUGGCGACGGCGCUCCGCAAGCUUUCCUCCGACGCCUUCCGCCGCCAGCCGCUCUCCCGCAUCACGCCGCUCUACUCCAUGGCGUCGCUGCCGGCGACGGAGGAGAGAUCCGGAAUCACUUGGCCGAAGCAGUUGAACGCGCCGCUGGAGGAGGUCGACCCCGAGAUUGCCGACAUCAUCGAGCACGAGAAGGCCCGCCAAUGGAAGGGGCUGGAGCUCAUCCCGUCGGAGAAUUUCACGUCGGUGUCAGUGAUGCAGGCGGUAGGUUCCGUCAUGACCAACAAGUACAGCGAGGGGUACCCCGGCGCAAGAUACUACGGUGGAAAUGAAUACAUUGAUAUGGCUGAGUCGUUGUGUCAGAAACGUGCUUUGGAGGCAUUCCGCUUGGACCCGGAGAAGUGGGGAGUGAAUGUGCAACCUCUAUCGGGCUCACCUGCCAAUUUCCAUGUAUACACCGCGCUAUUGAAGCCACAUGAAAGGAUCAUGGCUUUGGAUCUUCCUCACGGUGGACAUCUUUCUCAUGGUUACCAGACUGACACUAAGAAGAUAUCGGCAACUUCGAUAUUCUUUGAGACAAUGCCUUACAGAUUGGAUGAAAGCACUGGCUUGAUUGAUUAUGAUCAGUUGGAGAAAAGCGCUGUUCUUUUUAGGCCAAAGUUGAUCAUUGCUGGUGCAAGUGCGUAUGCUCGCCUAUAUGAUUAUGACCGUAUGCGGAAGAUAUGCAACAAGCAGAAAGCAAUACUUCUAGCAGACAUGGCACAUAUCAGUGGGCUUGUCGCAGCUGGCGUUAUUCCAUCUCCUUUUGACUAUGCAGAUGUAGUUACUACCACUACUCACAAGUCACUCCGUGGGCCACGUGGAGCCAUGAUCUUUUACAGGAAGGGAGUGAAAGAAAUAAAUAAGCAAGGAAAAGAGGUUAUGUAUGAUUUUGAAGACAAGAUCAAUGCUGCCGUCUUUCCAGGUCUGCAAGGUGGGCCACAUAACCAUACCAUUACUGGCUUGGCUGUUGCGCUUAAGCAGGCAACUACUUCAGAGUACAGAGCUUAUCAAGAGCAAGUUAUCAGUAACUGUGCUAGAUUUGCGCAGAGCUUGGCUGCAAAAGGAUACGAUCUUGUCUCCGGUGGGACUGAUAACCAUUUAGUCCUGGUGAAUCUCAAGAAUAAGGGGAUAGAUGGUUCAAGGGUGGAGAAGGUUUUAGAAAGCGUACAUAUUGCAGCGAACAAGAACACUGUUCCUGGUGACGUUUCAGCUAUGGUACCGGGAGGCAUCAGGAUGGGAACCCCAGCUCUUACAUCAAGAGGAUUUGUUGAGGAAGAUUUCGCUAAGGUUGCUGACUUCUUUGAUUCAGCAGUGAACUUGGCUGUGAAGAUUAAGGCUGCAACGAAAGGUGGAACGAAGCUCAAGGACUUCGUUGCCACUUUGCAAUCUGACAGCAGCAUCCAAGCUGAGAUUGCAAAACUUCGUCAUGAUGUGGAGGAAUAUGCAAAACAGUUCCCAACAAUUGGAUUUGAGAAAGAGACAAUGAAAUACAAGAACUAAGAUUUGAAUGGCAAGGAAGCAAAUGGAGCACGAUGGCAAGACGAUCAUUGGUAAUUAAAUGGACAAGGUCAUGUAAACGUAAAUCCAUGAUGGAAUGACAUCUAUCCAUGAUGGAAUGACAUCUUAUGUUACAUGGAUCUUGGCAAUUACAGCAUGUGGAACUUUUGUCAAUAGCUCAUAUUGUAGACAUAAGAUGCUAUGCUAAUGCUAUAUUAAGCGUCACUCUUGGACAUUGCAGUUACAUUUUCGUGUGUUCUCUGAAUAAUAUGUAUGAUUGUUGUGUUUUGUCAA